AAAUAAGGAGAUUUAUGGUAGACUUGAAAAAAUUCAUAAUCGAAAUAAAAUUGACAGUAAAAAAGACAAAAAUAAAAACAAAUUUCACAUGACUAUUAGAAAAAUUUUCUUUGAAAAUUCACAACCAGCGAAGCUAAUAGUAGCAAUAAAAAACUUAAACUCACGUCCCCGCUGUUUCUUUGAGUUAAGAUUCGAAGAAUCGAAAUUAUUAUUAGGAAGAAUAAUCAUAGAAGUAUACUCAGAUGUUGCUCCAAAAACAUGUGCUAACUUUUUAGCUUACUGUUUAGGAACAAAUAAUGGACUUUGUUAUAAAAAUACACCCUUUUAUAAAAUAAUUAAUGGAUAUUUGUGUCAAGGAGGGGAUGUUACUGAAUUGAACGGUACCGGCAGUACCUCAAUUUAUGGGACUGAGUUUGAAUGUGAAAAUUUUAAUUUGAAACACAAUGUCCCAGGAAUACUUUCAACUCUAUACAGCACCGACAAUACUGCUAAUUCAAAAUUUAACUUGACUUUUAAAAAAUUACAAGUUUUAGAUAAUAAGUGUGCGGUAUUUGGAAAAAUUAUCAGUGGUUUGUCAAACAUUUAUAAAAUAGAUGCGUGUGGUACUCAAAUAGGUAGACCGAAAAAAAAAAUAAUUAUAUCAAAUUGUGGAUUGUAU